AUGGAACAAUCCACUCCUUCGAAGAAAACCCUAAACCCUGAGAAUGUGAAUCCCAAUUUGCCUCAUCAUCAUCGAAGCCCUAUUUCAAAGUCUUCAGCUUUACGAUCUUCCAAGCCUAAUAACAACAACCCAAUUGUGCAAUCGCCUCAGAACAGGAUCCGCCAGAGGAAGUUCGUGGUGGCGAAGAAGAAGAAUAAGAACCACUCUCAGAAGCAAAUCGACCCCGUUUCGUGCAAGUGCAAACACAACGGCAGUGCCAAGUGUGUUUGCGUUGCGUACCAAACUCUGAGGGCUUCCCAGGAAGAGUUUUUCAUCAAAGAGAAGGUUUUUGAUGAUAAUGCAGCAGCAGCAGAAGAAGAAGAAACGAAGACUCAAAGUGCUAUUGAAAUUGAUGUGAGAAAGACAGUGGAAAAUGAAGAAGAAGAAGAGUGUGACGUGGAAGGUGGAUCAACGGUGAAACGAAGGAGGGAGAGGGAUAGGUUGUUGGAAGAAGCAAGGAAUAGUGUCCCUGAAAGUGGGUCUGGGAGGGUUAUGCAUUUGGUGAAGGCAUUUGAGAAGCUUCUCACUAUACCAAAGAGUUCUUCAAAGGGUGAGGAUGAGGAAGAGAAAGAGAAUGAGGAGGAGGAGAAGCAACAUGUUGAUGAUGACGAUGAUCAUGAGAAGGAGAAUGAUGAUAAGAAGAAGAAGAAUGUGACGAAAUGGGGAUUGCCAGGGUUGCAAAUGAUGCAACAACUUCCUACUAAGGCAUCUGAAACUGAUGAUGCUUCUUCUGUUUCUGGUUCUGCUUUUGGUUCUUCUUUUUGUUGCGCAUCUCAGUUGGUCUUGACAGCCCAGAACCUUGGCUUGGAUCAAAGGGUUUCAGUUUCUUCUUCUUGGGAUAGUAGCCGUGGAAGUGCGUCUAGUAGAACUUCUGGGGGUAGAAGAAGCAGGAGAAAUAGUUUGGAUUCGAAUGGAACUUUUGGAGGGAGGAGGUUGAAGAAGAAGCAGAAUCAAAAAGUCACGAGCCAAAAACCAUUUAAGCUAAGGACAGAGCAAAGGGGAAAGUUGAAAGAGGAAGAAUUUAUGAAGAAAGUACAAGAGAUCACAGCUGAAGAAGAGAAGCUGAGGAUACCUAUUGCACAGGGUCUCCCAUGGACAACAGAUGAACCUGAGUGCUUGCUAAAACCUCCAGUGAAAGAAAUCACAAGGCCUAUUGACCUGAGGCUCCAUAGUGAUGUGCGAGCAAUUGAUCGUGCUGAAUUCGACCAUCAGGUGGCAGCAAAAUUGAACAUGAUAGAACAACUCAAAUCAGAAAGGGAAAGACAACAGAAGAUGGCAGAAGAGGAAGAGGUCAAAAGGUUGAGGAAGGAACUUAUUCCAAAAGCACAACCAAUGCCUUAUUUUGAUAGACCUUUUGUCCCACGGAGGUCAAUGAAGCAUCCAACUAUACCUAGAGAUCCCAAGUUUCACUUACCACACCAUAAGAAGAUCAAGUGCUUGUUGUCAUGGAAUGACAUGAACCCUUGCUCUUCCUACCUCAACUAAGCUUCC